AUGGACACAUUUUUGAAUACCAAAGUGGAGAGAGUGGAAAGUAUUACAGUAGAGGACUUAAAGAAAGAUUUACGGUCGGAAUUUUUUGAGUUAACAUCAGAUAUCCAGAACUCAUCUGCGGUUUUGGAGAAAGAACAUUUGCAAGUAUACUUAAGAAUACGACCAUUCACAUCUGCGGAGACCGAAAAUGGAGAAUCACAGGAUUGCGUGACCAUCCAGGCUCCAGACACUGUGCUUUUAAAAGCUCCACGGACAUCUUUGUCUGCUCGGCAAAGCGACAAAGCGGUUCCACAAACGGCCCAGCGGUUCCAGUUCUCACAGGUUUAUGGACCUGAGACCUCACAGAGAGACAUUUUUGAUGGCACAGUGAAAGGACUUGUAAAGGAUGUGCUUGAAGGCAGGAACUCACUCAUCUUUACGUAUGGAGUUACCAAUGCAGGAAAGACCUUCACAUUUAUAGGACCAGAAGAGGACCCAGGGAUCCUCCCUCGCUCUCUAAACCUCAUCUUCAGCAGCGUGGAGGGGCGAGUGUAUGCCCAGACCACCCUGAAACCUCACAGGUGCAGAGAGUACAUCACACUCACUGAGGAGCAACAGAAUGAGGAGGCCACCAGCAAACGCAACCUCUUCAGACUCCUUAGAGAGAAUGAGAGCCACAAAAGUCUGACGAACCAGUCAAGUUCCCGAACAACUCUAGAGGCCUUAGGCGAUGCUGAUGCACUUGUAAAUGAAGAAGGAUUCAGUUUAGAUGUGGGUGAUCACACCAAGUUUUCGGUGUGGGUUUCGUUUUGUGAAAUUUACAACGAGAACAUCCAUGACCUUCUGGAACCAGUGCCGAGUAGCAGUGUCAGGAGAACCGUGCUGCGUCUUGCCCAGGAUGUUAAAGGGAAUGCUUUCAUCAAAGACCUGAAGUGGGUUCAGGUAAAUAGUGCAGAGGAGGCGUUUAAGGUGCUGAAACUGGGCAAGAAGAACCAGAGCAUCUCCAGCACCAAACUCAACCAACUUUCCAGCAGGAGUCACAGCAUUUUCUCCAUUCGUAUCCUGCGGAUUGAUGACUCUAGCUCUCCCAGAUUUCAGACAGUCAGCGAAUUGUCGCUUUGUGACUUGGCGGGCUCGGAGAGGUGUGCUAAGACGCAGAAUAAAGGCGAUCGCCUGAAAGAGGCAGGAAACAUCAACACAUCCCUGCUCAGCCUUGGCAAAUGCAUCAACGCCCUCAGACAGAGUCAGCAGGCCAGGCAGCACGUGCCAUUCAGGGAGAGUAAACUCACCCACUACCUCCAGAGCUUCUUCACAGGGCGGGGCAAAGCCUGCAUGAUUGUCAACAUCAACCAGUGUGCUUCCAUGUAUGACGAGACACUCAACGUACUCAAAUUCUCCGCUGUUGCACAGAAGGUUGUAGUCCUCACCCAUAAGUCCAUCCCCGUUGUAGUGAAGAAGAGUGCGAGAGAGGUGUCCUUCAUCAUCAACAAUGCAGACCGUCAGAAGCUUCGCCGCAGCUCCAUGGUACGCUGGGAUACCAGCCUGGAGGAUGUUCAGGAGAGCAUGGACUCUGAUGAAGAGGAUGAUGAUGAAGAGGAGGAGAGUAUGAUGGAAGACACCGUACAGGAGACAGAGGAUGAGGGGAAAGAGACAGUGCUCCUGGAUAAAGAUGCCUAUGAGGGACAACUCCGGUUAUUGGAGGAGCUUCAGGAGCUGCUGCAGAAGGAGAGAAAUACCAACUUGUCUCUGGAGGCCCAUGUACGGGAGGAGGUUACUAAGGAGUUCACUGAGCUUUUCUCCCAGAUGCAGGCAGACUAUGAUGACCGCUUGACGAAGGAGAGGGAGCUCAUGGAGGAAAGAUGUGAGAGACGACUGGAGAUCUUAAAGAAUUUAGUCCGAAAAAGCUCCAGUGAGGAUGACGAUGACGCUGCAUCAGAAGCCAAAGUCAGCGAUGAAAAACCAGCGUCUCUCACUGGAAUGAUUGACUCCAUGUACUCUGACCUCGCUGGGAUAAGAGAAGACGCAGAGGCUGCUAAGUCCUGUUUGGUGAUCUCUGACCCCCACAUGUCCACAACCUUGAUUGACCAUAAGAAAAAGGCCACUGAACUUUCAGAGGAGCUCAGUAAAACUCAGACUCUUCUCUCAGUGAAAUCGCAGGAACUGGAGAGUCUGGGUUGUCAGUUGAAGGACUUUGAGGAGACAAAAAGGCGUCUUGAUUGUCAAGAUCAGAAGGUGAUGGACCUGAUGGAGAUGUGUGAUCAGAAGGAUCAGAUGAUCUCAAAACUUCAGAUCUCUCUGGAUCAGCAUGUGGAAUUCACCACCAAGGACAAAGCCUUGAUUGAUUCCAUCAAAGACGAGCUCAUUCAGCUGAAGAAGAACUGCACAUGCUCAGACCAAAAAGUGUGGGGCUCCCGUGUGGAAAACAGGAAGAGACGACCAGAAGGGGAGGUGCAAGAGCAGCCUCCUAAAAAGAAAGGAGAACUGGAGGACUGUACUAUCCCAGAAGUCAACUCACAGGGGGGAUUUGAUAACUCUACUCUUGAUGUUGAAGGCCAGCUUGAGUGUCUACGUGUAGAAUCACGGCGGAAAGAUGAGCACAUUGUAGAUAUGAAGAGGCAACAUCAAACUCUGGAAUUCUGCAUCCAAGAUCUGAAAUCCGAGCUGAAGGAAGCAGAAGGUUGCCGGGACAACGUCCUGAAGGAAAAGGAACACCUAACUGCGGAGAUAAGUGCCCUCCAGAAGAGGGGAGAGGAACAACAACAGAAACUCAGCGAUUUGGAGACACAACUUAGCUCCAUGGAAGCCAGACUUGUCGCUGCCCAAAAAGAGUACGGGGCUGUGAAAACAGAGCUUGUCUCCAUGGAGACCAGCAAAGCAGAGUCAGAGCGGGCUUGUCAUUCUGCCCAAAUUCGAUUGGCUGAGCAGGAUAACAAGCUUAAAGAGAAAACUGAUCUUGCUGAGAAGCUUCAGCAGGAAGUCAUGCAACUGACUCAGAAUAUCAAAACGUCCAGCUUACAACAGCCAGGCUUUCAGCGUUGCCAUGAUGACCUGAAGGCACUGCAAAAGGAGCUUUCCAUUUCACAGGAGGAGUGUCAGAAAAGAGGAGAGAGAGUCAAGGUUCUAGAGCAGCAACUCAAAGAACAAAUAGAGCAAGAACAUGAGUUAAGAAGAGUAAUCACUGAACUUCAAGCUGAAGUCAAAACUCUGAAAGAGGCCAUUGCCCGGCAGGAGGAGCAGGCUAACAGCCAUCAGAUGAAGAGUGAGGCUGAGGAGAAAGCCGAGAAAGAGGCAAUGCUUUUGGCAAGAGAGGAGGAGCUCAAACAGAAGGAGGCAGCACUGUCUCAGAAAGAGAAGGAGGAGAAGUUGGUGGGCCAGCAAAAUAGUUUGAAAGAACUCCAAUCCAGUAAAGACAUUACAGAGAAUUCUACAGAGAUUAACAAAAACACUACCGACGGGGAAGCUAAUCUGGCUCAGAAGGAGGCAAUGCUCGCUGAGAAGGAGACGCAGCUCUCCCAGCUUGAACGGAGUUUGAAGGAGGCACAGGAGCGGCUUGAGACACAAGAGACUCAGGCAGUGCAGGAGGCACGCAGGAAGGAGGUGGAGAGAAGGAGAGAACUUCUGGCUGUAGCAGAGGAGGCUAUCGCUCAGAAGGAUGCAGAUCUUAAGAAACGAGAGGAGGAGAUUCAGAGGUUGAAGGAGGAUGUGAAGACUCAUUCAGAUAAAGUGAAAAGUCUCACAUUGGACCUAGAGAGGAGAGAUGACGACAUGUCUGACCUGAAAGAGAAACUAAGUGACUCUAAGAAGCAGAUCCAACAGGUGCAGAAAGAGAUCUCAUCCAUGCGUGACAUUGAGAAGUCUCUGAGACAGAAACUUCACGAUCUGGAGAAGGUUAAAGCUCAGCUACAGAGUGAUGUGUCCAGCCGGGAUCGCACUAUCCUCCAGUUAAAGAGUGAAGCAUCCUCAGACUCUAAAGCGGACGGACAUUUCCAGCUAUACCAGAAAGCAUGUAAAGACCUACAGGCUCAUGAGCGUGUGAUAGAGGACAUGCGCUUGGCCCUGACCGAACAGGAAGAGACUCAGACCCAGCUGGACCUGGAGCUGGAGGCCAGAGAAGAUCACAUCAACGAACUCACAGAAGAGCUGGAGAAGCUGAGAGGACUGGUGCUGGAACCUAGGAACGGCAGAGAGGCUCUCCCCUUGUCCACCUCCCUGUCUUCUGACGACAUCACACAGGCCAGAGAGGAGCUGAAAAAGGCUCAAGAGAAUUUAAAGUUGGCAGAUGAGAAGCAUCAAGCCGAUCGGAAUAAAUGGUUGGAGGAGAAGAAGGCCCUUAUUCAACAGGCCAAGGAGACAGAGGAGAGAAGGUACCAGGACAUGAGGCGAUACGCAGACGACCGGGAACGCUUCGCCAGCCAACAGACGGAAAUGGAGUCUCUGUCCGCUCGUCUCAGCACUCGGGAACAGGAGAUGGAAGCGUGGAGGAAAGAGAGAGAUGUGCUUGUCUCUGCUUUGGAAGUGCAACUGCAGAAACUUUUAUCCUCUAAUGCAGAGAAAGAUAAACAGAUCCAGGCACUCAAAAGCAGUAACACCCUCAGCCCACCAGAGCGAGCUGACGUCAGGGUGGAAGAGCUGCAGGGUCAGCUCAGUGAGAGACAUGCUGAAAUCCUGAGUCUGCAGGAAAAACUCAGCGCACUACAAGACAACCAGAGAGAAAGAGAGACCAGCACACACAGAGACUCAUCAACACAGACUUUGUCAGCAGAGGAAUGUGUGUUGCCCAGGCCUCUGGACAGCAGUACACUCAAACAAUGCCAGAUCAGAGGAUCUGUCUCCAGCCAGGAUUCAUCUAGUAGCUAUCCAUCUGUUCUGGACUCUUCAGAGAUCUCCACAGAGGCGGGCCGGCGCUCCAGGUUCCCGCGGCCCGAGCUGGAGAUUUCAUUCAGUCCCCUGCAGCCCGACCGCUUCGCCCUUAAACGUCAGGGAGAGGAGUCGGCCGUGACCGUCAAAAUCGCCCGCUCUGCUCGCAAACGCAAGAGCAGCGAAAUGGAAAAGGAUGGUGUAGAGAGUGAAAACAGAAGGAACUUGAGGAGUAAAAAUACACCCAGGUUGGGUGUACAUGAGGAAGAGUGUUCUCCAGCUUCGGAUGCAAAAAGCCUGCAGAACUCUCAGUCCAGCUUACGCAGUAAGAAGGAGGCAACAUUCCAGAAAAUUGGAGACUUCCUUCAGGGUUCACCAACAUUCCUCGGAAGUAAAGCCAAGAAGUUCAUGGGUUUGGUGAGCGGGCGAACUCCUGACAGUGCAAGUGGACCAUCUCUCAGUCUGAAGCCCAAGCGGUCCAAAAGGAAACUCCACCGUCUUGAAAUCUCUUCCCCUCUAGAUAUUCCUGCUCCGAUUGUUGGUCGAGAUACAGAUGAAAAAGAUAGCGACCACCUCAUCAUUAAGAGACGUCUUCGGACCAGAAACUUUAAAUAG